CCCCCCCCCCCCCCCCCCCCGCCGCCGACGACGGCGGCCGCCUCCCUUCUCCCUCCGGCGGCCGCCUCGCCCCCCGCCUCCCCACUAUCCCGGUCUCUCCCUCGUUUUUCCUCUCCCCGCACCAUCCCCUCCGCGCGCACAAAUGCACGCGGCGGCGGUGGAGGAGGGGAGGGCGGCGGAGCUGGCCGCUCCGCUCCGCGACCUCCUCCCGCCGGUGGACUUCUGCUGCGCGUACGGCUCCACGCUCCUCCACGCGUGCCCCGACAGGACGUCCAUGGUCGACUACAUCCUCGGCGUCGCCGAUCCCCUGCAAUGGCACUCCGAGAACCUGGAGAGGAACCCUGCGCACUACUCCCGCUGGAUGGGGCGCUUCGGUUCCGGCGCCAUCACUGGGCUGGCGGACCGUGUCGGUGUCGGGGUGUACUUCAACCCGUUCGUGGAGUGGAGAGACAAGAGGAUAAAGUAUGGUGUGGUGAGGAUGAAGGACCUGGCCAUGGAUGUCUUGACCUGGGAUAGGUUCUAUCUCAGUGGCCGGCUGCAGAAACCAGUUCAUAUUCUUGUUGAUAACUGGGAUAUAAGGAAACUUAACACAAUAAAUCUUGAAAUGGCAACUUCAGCUUCUCUACUCCUUUUACCAGAAGAGUUCACUGAGUAUGACCUAUAUGCUCAAAUCUGUAGCCUAUCAUAUAUGGGUGAUUUGAGAAUGCUGUUUGCAGAAGACAAAGACAAGGUGAAGAAGAUUGUUGAGGGUAGUUUCCAGUCAUUUCAAUCGAUGUACAGACCCCUCUUGCAAGAGUAUAUUGCUGAAGGGCUACUGAAGAGAUCAUCCCAUGGACAACAGAAGACUUUCCAUCAGGAUUGUAGUCCAUCUACAACAAAUGAACUUUUCUCUGUUCUUCCGUGGACAAUCCAAAGGCAAAUGCAGGGAAGAUAUGUAUUUCCUGGAAAAGAAAUGCCAACACGAACUGUAGUCUCUUCAAAGGACAUGGCAGCAAACUGUGUGCGAAGGGCCCUGAGGCACCGGGUAAUGGUUUCAAGCGCACGUCAAGCAAUAUGUGGGCUGCUUGCCUCUGGUGGUGCGGUUGCUGCUCAAUACCUGGGGAAGAAGAUGGCCAAGGCCUGGCAAUCUAGAGCUGCUUAAGAUCUUAAGCUACAGCUAACACCUUUGUUAUUUUUAGUUCAGGGUUUCAUGCAAUGUACUGUGAUCAAUAUUGCAUAUUCGCACUGUUGAGGCAGGCUGAAGUUUUGCAGGAUCAUUCAAGGGAACGAUCCAGAAUCAAUCCAACUUUUUGUAGGAUCAUGAAGACAAUGAUCCAGAA